AUGGGGCUGCUGGAGCGGCUGCGGAAGGAGUGGUUCAUCCUCGGCAUCGUGCUGGUCAUCGCUGUGGCGCGGCUGGAGCCCGGCGUCGGCGUCAAAGGCGGACCCCUGAAACCAGAAAUUACCAUCACUUACAUUGCUGUUUCAGCUAUAUUCUUUAACAGUGGACUCUCCUUAAAAACUGAGGAGCUGACAAGUGCUUUGAUGCAUGUGAAACUACACCUUUUUGUCCAGAUUUUUACACUUGUGUUCUUCCCAACAGCAAUAUGGGUCUUUCUUCAGCUGUUAUCAAUCACACCUAUAAAUGAAUGGCUUUUAAAAGGCUUGCAGACAGUGGGCUGCAUGCCACCUCCUGUGUCUUCUGCUGUAAUUUUAACCAAAGCUGUUGGUGGGAAUGAGGCAGCUGCAAUAUUUAAUUCUGCUUUUGGAAGUUUUUUGGGCAUUGUUAUAACUCCACUUCUGCUUUUGCUUUUUCUUGGAUCAUCCUCCUCUGUGCCUUUUACAUCCAUAUUCUCGCAGCUGUUUAUGACUGUUGUAGUCCCUCUUAUUAUUGGACAGAUUGUCCGAAGAUACAUCAAGGACUGGCUUGAAAGGAAGAAGCCUCCAUUUGGUGCUAUCAGCAGCUGUGUGCUCCUGAUGAUCAUCUACACAACGUUCUGCGAUACCUUUGCCAAUCCAAAUAUUGACCUGGAUAAAUUUAGCUUGAUUAUAAUCGUGUUCAUAAUAUUUUCUAUUCAGAUGAGCUUCAUGUUUUUGACUUUCCUCUUCUCCACAAGGAAUAACUCUACUUUCACACCAGCAGACACAGUGGCUAUCGUUUUCUGUUCCACACACAAAUCCCUCACCCUGGGGAUUCCCAUGCUGAAGAUAGUAUUUGCAGGUUAUGAAUACCUGUCCUUAAUUUCCGUCCCUUUGCUCAUCUAUCAUCCUGCUCAGAUCCUUCUUGGCAGCCUGUUGGUACCAACAAUAAAAUCCUGGAUGGUUUCUAGGCAAAAGGCACUGAAAUUAACCAGGCAGCCCAAAGCACCGGUGAAGGUAUAAUGGUGGAGAUGGCCUGUGUCACAGUGAAUGUAUAUAUGUACUAUACUGUACACACAGACAAUUGACACAGCUGGGUUUUGUGAAUGUUGCUUUAGUGCAUAUUUUAUUUUUUUAUAUCUAUCUAUAUAUAUAUAUAUAUAUAUUAAAAGAUACCUGUUAAGUGCCUUACAGAUGCAUUUUGGCAAAAGCAUUGUUUUCAGAAGCCACUUUGUUGGUUGCUGCAAGAGGUUGUACAGUAUUUUGGAGUCCAUUAGUUUAUUUUUCUAACCGAGUGAAUCGUUAUGACUGACAGCUGGUUCUUCCAUUGCCCCUGCUUUGAAGCCAGGGUGCACCAGCAGCAAGUCUCUGUUUUAAACUAGCCAAAAUGACCAGGAGCCUAUCCCACUGCUGGCUUACCUGCUCUUCUCUUGGGGAAGAGCUUUCUGGAGGUUUUUUUCUGAGAUUGACUUGAAUUUCUGUGUGACUCUGUUACACUCCCUAGUCAUAUGACUGUGACAUGCCUUUUUCUUCUGAGUUUGUGUAUACUCAGCAUGGGGCCAUCCAAUGGAUAGAAGCUGAAAAGCAUGAAUUAUUUGCAUUUGUUGACACAGUUGUCUAGACAUUCCUUCAAAGUUAAUGGUAUCUCAAGAAAAUUCUUUCAAUUCCAUUGUAUGAUAUUGUGCCAUUGUAUAUCUUAAAUGCCUCAUAAGCUUCUUCAAAGAAAUGGUCUGGUGCUUGGGUUAUGAGUGAAGUAUUUGUGUUUGCAGCUAGGAGAUCUUUUUAUCAUUUACCCCUGAAGAACAUGAAUUUUUGGUUUUCUUUUUUUCUUCGCCUUCCCCCUGUGCAAUGCACAGCAACCUGCACAGAGAAUUUAGGAUGCUGAAACAGAGCCUUUAUUGUAAUAAGCCAAGCUAUGUUUUCUCUAUUACUGCAUUGGUAAUGAAGAGUAGCUUAUGAGGACAAGAAAGUUGACAAUUUAUUUUUUUUUUGCUAAUUAAAAGGAUCCUUAUAGUAACAGAAAUGCUAUCUUAGCUCAUUAGACAAUCAAUCACAACUUUUAAAAAAAUAAUAUUACUCUUUCUAAUAAACUUAGGUCAAAAAAGAAUACAAAAUACUAUUUCUAGGCAUUGAAAAGAAAGGAAUGCAGGCAUAUAUUUAAACAUGCAGCCAGCACUACAUCUUGUCUGGGAGAUGAAGAUUUCAGAAACCUGCUCUAGUCCAGACUUGGGGCUGUGCCCCUCUGCAAAAACUGUGCUGGCAAUUGUGCAUUAAAAUAUUGAGUAAGGAAAGGAAUAGGUCAAUGUGGGAUCAAUAUAAAUGCAGAGCUUCCAUGUGUGUCAUGGUGAACAUUGCAGCUAAAGGUGUGGCUGAGUGCAAACACCUUGCAGCAAGUCUGUAGCAAAUGUAGAUGAUAAGAGCUCUGAUAAGGCUGUAAGCCUUUACACAAGCUGAAGAUCUAUGUGACAAUAGGCAUGUGAAAUUCAUAUCCUUUUGCCUUACUGAAAAACAAAAAAUGUGCUUGGUUUACCUAGUCUGUUACUUCCAGUCCUGUGAACAACAGGAAAAAAGUAAUCUGGUACCAAUCCCUGGUGCUUUAUGUGAUGGCCACUCCCUGUUGGCA